CUUUCUAGUUGAUUAUUUCAGUGUCUACGUAGCAAUCGUUCGAUAUUAUGUUAUAUUUUCUAUUUCUUGGAGUUUAAAAUGGCGUUGUCUGAAAUAGUUGACCUUGAACUGAAAGCUUGUGCAGAUCAAGUGAGCUAUGUGCUUCUAGAUGAUCAGGAAACAAGAUUGCAAAUGCUUGAUGCCUGGGGAAAAAUCCCCGAUGGAAUGCUCUCCGGUCAAUUUGUCAGCCUAGGCAACUACGACCAAUGCAUAAACAUCUCUGAACUAACCCCAGUGGGCGCCAUUAGAGGUAAGUAUUGUUUGGUUAAAAUUGUGAACCUCCAGCAGACAUUUGCUGGUUAUGGCGCUUGCAUUCCGGAAGUGUGCGAUGUCAAACUACCAUUCGGACAGGAAAUCGUCUGUCAAACCAAGGAUAGCUACACAACACUAGAUACUGAUGAUUAUACCUUCUUGACUGUUUUGGGCGUGUUUGCUUUCAUAAUGUUUUUGAGCACUGUUUACGACUGGUACACACGAAAACACGAACUAAAACAAAAUGCGUACUGUAUUUUGUUUUCUGUGCUUACAAAUGGCGAGAAACUGUUUGAAACCAAGAUUGGCCCUGAUCAGAUUUCAUGUUUGGCUGGAAUACGCGUAAUAAGCAUGAUUUGGAUUAUUGCUUCGCAUAGAUAUUUCGUUAUGAAGCUCUUACCGAUCAGAAAUUCGUUGUAUGCAUUUUCUUGGUUAUUCUCGCAUGAAUCUUUUUACGUCCAAGCUGCGUAUUUAGCAGUCGAUACAUUUUUAUAUCUCGGUGGAUUUGUUUUAGCUUAUCAAUGCUUUAAAAAUCGUAAUAAACUAGCAUUGACAGUUCCAACAAUUCCGUAUUUUUAUAUGCAUCGAUUAUUGAGAUUGUUACCACCAAUGACAGUGAUUUUCUUCGUGCAUUUAACAAUCCUGCGUCGCAUGUCUUCAGGACCUUUGUAUGCGGACAUGGUGGAAAUAUUACGUAGGCCUUGCAUUGAUCACUGGCUGCCAUACUUUCUUUUCUAUCAGAAUUACAAAUACAAUAACUUUCAAUCAGAAUGCCUUGCACACACGUGGUAUUUAAGUGUGGAUUUUCAAUUGUAUUUGUUUACACCACUGAUUCUCAUCCCUGCAACACGACUUUUGCAACAAAAUGAAAGAUUUAAAUGUUAUUGCCUGUUUGGUUUUGCAUUGUUGUUAAGUAUUUUGGUUCCUAUGUGUAUAAUGUUUGGAAUUCCAUAUGAGUAUUAUCAUACACACACAAGAAUUUCUCCGUACAUUAUGGGACUUAUCAUGGGUUUAUUUAUGGUGGAAAAUAAAGAUCGCACGUUUAAAAUUCCAAAAAAACUCUAUUAUGUUAUCUGGAUGCUAACAUUGAUAACGAUGUGUGUUUGUGCAUAUUACAUCCAAAACACAACGGUUUUCACCAAUGAUUAUUUAAACAACAACAUGUUCGUCACUUUUUCACGCCCCGCAUGGAGUUUAUGUGUUUCAUGGGUGAUUUUCUCCUGUGUCAACCAAAACACAAAAACAUUGAAUAAAUUCCUCUCAAACUCUUUGUUUAUCGUCAUGGGACGCUUGAGUUACAGUAUGUAUUUGUUACAAGUUGUUGUUUUGGUUUUCACCAUGGGCUCGACAAGAACACCGAUGCUUUUGUCAUUCUGGCCGAAUUUGCAUGGCAGUGUUUGUGACAUUUUUCUGACAACUUUACUAUCGGUUAUUUCAGUGCUGUCAUUCGAAUCGCCAAUUAUUGCGUUGGCUAAAAUGUUAUUGCACAAAAAAGAACCACAGAUGACUAAAAAUCAUUAAAAUAAAUAUAAAAUGCAACCUAA